UUAUAGGUCAGCAGUAUGGCUGAAAAGGAGUCCGAAUCGCCUGGGAAACUAAAGACAUUAUUAUAGCCAGAACUGGCUUCUCCGGAACAAGGGGAGCGUAUCCGAAAAAGGACGGUUUCUUUGAACAACUUCCCCCUCUGCGGAUAAUGGAUGGCAGAGAUUUUGGCCACCCCCGAUCCGUCCACGUUCCACCGCCGCUGCUGGCGGGGCUCGCCAUGGAGUCCCACCGGCUCGGAGCCGCUGCGGCCGGGAGGAUCCCUCCCUCGCCCGGCCACUUGGGCGCGAGCCAUCCGCCGUCUCUCCACUCUGGGAAAUUUUUGCCCUCGGCCAUUAACCUACAUCCACAUCAUAGCGAUGCCUUCCCGACAGGCUCCAGUCCCUUCCUGUCAGGUUAUCCCGGACCCUCCCCCCUGACCUCUGACCCCUCAUACAGAUCUGCCAAUCCCAGCGGGCUGCAGAUGGCUCAGCUCUGGGCAUCACACGCUCACGAAGGCUAUCCUCCGCUCCCAAGCAGCUUGUACUCCAGCCCAUACCUGUCCCUCGGGCACCUGGAGCCUCCCUCACUCUCCCAGCACCCCCUCUACGACUCUCAUAAAGAGGGAUACUUCCUGUCGUCCUCCUUGAGCCAGUCGCCUCUCCACCCCCUUUCCGCACCGGCGACCAACCCGUCCAGCUCCACCCCCCCCCAGAGGACGUCCCGGGAUGGGGGCAGGGACAGACUGUAUCGUGGAGACAGGGAGAGGGAACGGGAGCGCUCGCGAGAGGAGCCAAGGCCUCACAGCGUGGUGGACCUGACGCAGGAGGCGAGGAGCGAGGAGGAGCGCAGGACGGGCAGAGACCGCGAGCGGGAAAGAGACAAGGACCGAGACCGGGACGCAGACAGAGUCAGGGAUGGUUGGUCCUUCCACCCUCACCAGCAAAAGCCACACUCCCAGCCCUCCGCGGUGGAGCCCAGAUCCAGACUGUCACCUCUACAGCCCUCCUUCCCUCCUGGUGGGGGUGGGAGGCUUCACGGAUUCGAACCGGACCGAGGGAGUCGCGAUGAGGACGGUGGUUCCCGAUCCCACCACAAUCAGAACUCCAACGCCAAUUCCAAUAACUCGAACUCUCACUCCGACCGGCAGAGGAGGAACGAGUCUGUGGCCACGUCGGCCGGAACCCUCCAUAUCUCCUACGUCCUCCCCCCUGCUCUCCAGCCGUCCACCACCGGGCCUCCCCACCUCUCUGCGCCCAGGGAGCCUAUCAGAGAGCAGCGAGUCAGCGCACCCACGUACGUGCCUUCUGUGGAGGUCUACGACGAGCGGGCCGGGCCCAUCCAGAUCGCCUCGCAGGCCCGCGACAACAAACACAGAGACAGAGAACGGGAGCGAGACAGGGAGAGAGAGCGCGAAAGAGACAGAGAGUUUGACAGAGAGAGAGAGAAGGAGAGCUACAGGUUUCAUGAGAAACAUCUCAGGGAACACCCUCGGCUUUCCCAGUCUGGCGAUUUAAGCAAUCAAAGAGAGGAGGGUUCUGUCAUUUGUUCAAAUGGCUCCUACGGUAAACGAGGUCAGGAAACUUCCCUUUGUUCGAGUCAAUCACAGUUCAGCCCGGAUGCCAGGGACGUCUCCAAACAUUCAGUCCGGAUUGGCAUGGAGCGGACAGGGGCGGAGCCCAAGUGGAAUGCCAUCAGCCCGUUGGCUAACUAUGCCACAAAUCACAUGGCUGCACUUGCGGCCCAACACGGACACACACUGUCCUCCCCCCACAGUCAGUCCACACACACACAGAAGUCCAGCUCCCCUCACACGUCCCACAGACCCAACAGCUCACAAUCCUCCCACAGUCAUUCCCCCCAAACGCAGCCCCCCCAGAACGCACACGGGCGUGCAGAUGAGGAGGGCAGUCAGAGACGCUACCUGGCCCCAUCAGUGCUCUACAGACCUGGUGAGUCACUGGGAGCGUCCACUGGUGGAGAAAGAAACGGAGGGGCGGGUCCAGACUCCACAGAGGUUUCCGCCAUGCAGAGUCUGAUCAAGUACAGCGGGAACUUUGGCGCCGAAGGGCCCACUUCGUCCCGGCACAUCGCGGAGGGGCGAGGGCCUUUCGGCGGCCUGGGUAACAUUGGGAUGGACCCGGAGAAGGAGAGGGAAAAAGAAAGAGAGCGGGAUAAAGACAGGGAAAGGCUGUCGGUGGGGACAGGCGGCUCCGGCGCCAUGCGGAUGCCUCCUCAGCUGAAGCGGGAGCAGGAGCGGCCGGACAGCGCCCGCUCCUUCGGCCGGGAGGGCGAGGGCGAGGUGCGUCACCCUCCGGUCGGGAUUGCCGUCGCCGUGGCCCGGCAGAGAGACAGCGGAAGCAGCAGUAAACAAACCAACGGAUCCUCAGACACACAGAGGCCGCUGCUGCAAACAACAAUUAAAGAUGAGGAGCGAGGGGAGGACCGCGCUCGCCACCACGAUGACAGGCUGCUGGCUGGCCGGCUGGAUCGAGAGCAAGAAAAAGUGAUCAGAGAGUCCAAGAAUCUGCCUGAGUUUACUCAGAUGCACCCUGCCCCUCUGUCUAGCGGCUUGACACCCAGCAUGAUGACGCCCAGCCUCAUGACCCCCAACCUCAUGGUCACAGGAGGGCCUCCUCUGGCAGGGGCGGGGAGGUGGCCUCCAGACCCCUCAACUCUGACCUCUCACCCCUGGAUGCCCCGGCCUGGAGCCCCUCCAGUCUGGCUCUCCAGCUCUCCUUAUGGCCUGGGUCCCUCUUCACUCCACCAGACCCUCCCCCCAGGCUACCCACCCUCUUUGCCAGGCUCCAUGCCUCCUCCCUACCAGUUUGCCAGGGACCCACAGUCUGGACAGCUAAUCGUCAUCCCGACCGAACACCUGCCACAUUACGGGGGGGACCUGCUGGAGCGUGGAGCCCCGGUAUGGUCGAGCGUGUACGGUACAGGCAGCUCUCUGCAGCAUGCAGCCCAGCUCCAGCUCCUCUCUCAGCAGCAGAUGCUCCGGCAGCAGGAGCUCCUCAUGAUCCAGCAGCACACGGCACAGGUCCUGGAGCUUCAGAGGAACGCCCAGCUAGUUGAGCGUCUGAAGGCCAGUGAGCACCGGCCAGAGAUGGAAGACAAAGCAGAAAAGCGUGGCGCUGACCACAAAUCCCGGCCUUCCUCGUUGUCCUCCCCACUACCGUCGCCCAUCCUGCAUCCCUGCAAACCCCCCCCUCCAUCUCGGUCACCAACCCCAUCUACGUCCUCCCUCACCCCGCUGCCUCCCAUCCCCUCUCCGGUGACCGCCCUCAAGUCAGAAGAGGGAGGCCAGAGAGUCCCGUCUCGCGCUCCCAAGCCCCUGCCUCUACCGGCGUCUCCCCGCUCAGCCUCUCCCCCCCCGUCCUCGCCGCGGCAGCCCAAACAGGAGUUGGCAGAGGAGGGGGAGGUGAGACGGAGGGAGCAGAGAGAUGGGCACAAGGCGCCUGCCGCAACCUUUCAAGGAUUGUACUCUGAUCUCCCUCCAGGCUACCCUUACCAGUCCAUCACCGCUCCAUACGGCUCACCUUUCCCCUCGUAUCACAUCCCAGCACCCCCAGCCGAAAACACACAAGCACAUCGGCCUUGUUCUCCCGCCUCAGAGGCCGCUCUGCCCUCAGCCCACCACCACUCCCGACUUCUGGAUGCAGAUAUCAAGCCGCAGAAAGUAGAACCAUCAAAGGUGGGGUCUUUCCUCAAGCAGGAGCCCGUGGAAGAGCAACCUCGGCCCGAAAGGACCCCGGGGCUGCUCGGUCCUCUCGGCCAGGACGUACAGGCAGACGAGCAAGCUCCAAAGCACCAACCUCAGCCGCUACCUCUGCUCGCCUCCAGCCCUGCGAUGCCACAAGGCAAGGGGGCGGUGGAAGUACGAAACAAAGAGAGGGAGGGAGGUCCAAUCAAAAUGGAAGUGUCUUCUUACUCAUGCCAGGCAGCUUACACCCCACCUACCCCAGUCACAGAAGCUGAAUCGAAACUAGAAGUCACCAAAGAGCCAGAACGAACGCAAUAUCCAUCUAUCCACACUGCGGAUUUGGACAAGCAGGAGGUGUCUCCAAUGUGUGUGUUAUUAGAGCAAACCACCAACGCCGUGUGUGAGGGGACGCCUGACCCGCUGAUGAGACCGCUCUCUCCCAGUCAGAAAGAAACUAUCUGCGAACUUCACGUCUAUCCUCCUCCACCUUCCAACACUCUACUUCCGCUUGUCAUCGCUUCAGAGGAUCCAAUGGGGGGGAUGCUCGCCCUGCUCACAGCCAGUGAGAUGGUCCAUGCCCUGCCCAGCACCCCACCCACCCCCACACUCACAUCAAACGUGGAGAUUUCAGACUGCAGCGGUGCGGGGCCUCUGGAGAUGGUGGCACUGGAGGGGAUGGCCAUGCUGAGCCAGAUGGCCCAACAGGAAAUUGAGCACAUCAGUCAAGAGCAAGAUCUGACAUUAGAGGGUCUAGACUGCCUGCUCGAAGCAAGCAGACAAAUUCUGUUGGAGGCUAUUGAGACGCAGUCCCACAUUGAUCUGCCAAGAACGCUGGAUCCCAACAGGAAGUACAGCUGGAGGCAGAGGAAAGAGGAGCCACUGUACAGUAAAAUGUCUGUGGACAUGUUGGAUGCCGUGGAAGUGGAGUACCGCGUACGCCUGGCCGAGCUACAGAAGACGUUUAAGGAGAGGCAGAGAGAGCUGAGCAAGCUGCAGAGGCGCAGUGACAAGCGUGAGCGGCUGCAGGAGGAUGAGAGGAGAAGCCUGACCAGACGGGGCCGAGGAAGACCCAGGAAGAGGAAACACUUGACCACACCUCCCAAACUGGACAGCAGGCCUGGAAAGAUGAGCAGGACGGUGCAAUACUCGGAGGACUCUGAAGCCGGGGAAGGACAGAGGAAAAGGUUCCGUGCCUCCAGAGAUGAAGAAGAGACAGAGGCAGGAAGUGGAGGGCUGAAGAUGAAAAAGAAAAAGAAGAAGAAAAAGAGCUGGAGUGAGCCGUCCACCAGCCACCCUCUGGAGAUGCUUAAAGCAAAACGUGGACACAUGUGCGAACAGGAGCAGCUGGCCUCCGACCUGGACAGAGCGCUGUCACUCUCUCAGCUCGGCUCUCUCGGCGCAUCUCGCAAGCUUACAUCCAGCACAAAAUUAGAGAAGCUGAAAGGCAAAUCUGCUGAAAGCAGACUGAAGGAGCGAGGCCUCCACUCCUCGCUCAAAGGAGGGAAAGCCAAGAUGGAAGCAAAAGCGUCCACUUCAGAGAUUUCCAGGAAGGUGAAAGGUCAGAAGAAGACUCUGAUGUUCUCUCCCAUGAGAUCAGAACUCAGCAGCUGCUCCAACAACUCCGAUUCAGAGGAGCACAAUUCCGCUCGAGGGGGCUGGCCUCCUCUCUCUGGGACGCGUUCCCACGGCAACCUGACCAGGAAGAGGCGGUCCCCAUCUUCUCCGACGUCCCUGCUGUCCAGCCAGAAGUCUCAGAAGAAGAAACACAAGCACUUAUCGCUGCUGCUGGAGGAGGCGGGCCUCAGCUCCUCUGACGACUCCUUCGACCAAGAGACCUCAGAGGAUGAGGAAGAGGAGGACGAGUCCGACUCGGACAGCGGCGGGUGUGAGGAGAGCGGGCUGGGAAUGCUGGCGAGGUUUGCGGCGAGCGCGCUCCCCGUGAGCUCGGCCCCCCUGAGCCUCCUUCAGGAGGGGAAGCUCUGCAGCAGGCAAAGCACUCUGGGUUCAUCGGAGUGCGAGUGGUCGGACUCCGGCUCAGACCUGAGACUCAGGAAGUUUCCCUCUCUGCUGCACGGGAAGCGCUCGGCCCCCGAGCUCCCCCUCCUGCCGCCGGCCACGCGGCGCCUGGAGCAGACCGGCUCCGCCAAGCGGGACGAAGCCCUGCCGGUCAAACGGAAGCCUCUGAUGAAGCCGCGCCCCAAAUCCCGGUCGCCGCGGAGGUUCAGCUUCGACCUGGCCUCCGGCUUCAGCGAGGAUGAAGGCUGGAAUCGCCGCCGCAGCGAGAGGAUUUUCCUCCAUGACGCCACGGCCUCAGCCAGUCAGCCGUCUGCGUCCACCUCCUCCUCCUCAGCCACACCUCUCACCCCGAAGCCCGCCUCCAGACCCAAACCCACUACACCCAGCAGAGAGGGGAAGGAUGUGGUGAAAAAGAAGAAACCUAAGGACCCACCCCUGCCCCUGAGCCCGUCGACCCUGUGCAGCCCGGCCACCGAUGGCGCCGCACCCCCGAGUCUGAGCCCAGCAUGCAAGAGCCAACCAAAGGCCAAGAGCAAAGCCAGAGAGUUUUCUGAGCAGUAUGCGCUCUUGCAGCCUUCCAGGGGCGCCGUGAGCCGGCUGAUGGAGAGCAUGGCCGCCGACGAAGACUUUGAGCCAAACCAAGACAGCAGCUUCAGCGAGGACGAGCUCCUUCCAACGCGAAGCAACAGCGUGUCCGAGAGGGCGUCCACUCCUGCUCCAGUGCAGUGCGUGCUCGAUAAGGAUUCUCUGGUGGACGGACUAAGAGUUUUGAUACCGAUGGACGACCAGCUCCUUUACGCCGGCCACGUGAACACCGUGCACUCCCCUGACAUAUACAGCGUGGUGGUGGAGGGCGAGCGGGGGAACCGGCCGCACAUCUACUGCCUGGAACAGCUGCUACAGGAAGCGGUGAGCAAACGGAGCCCUGCCUCGUCUUACGCAUUCAGGCGGCCUUAUGUCAUGUUGCGCCGUCAUCACGGAGCCGCUGUUGUCGUGUGUCGCCAGAUCAUCGACGUGAAGCCGCCAUCUGUGCGUAACCUCCCAGAGGGCACCCGCAUCGCCGCCUACUGGAGCCAGCAGUACCGCUGCCUUUAUCCGGGGACGGUGGUCAACGGAAGUUCAGAUAUCGACGAGAAGGACGAUCUUAUCACAGUGGAGUUUGACGAUGGUGACACCGGCCGCAUCCCGCUGUCCCACAUCCGGCUUCUGCCACCGGACUACAAGAUCCACUGGAGUGAAAGCAGCAUCGGUGAUGAUUCCGUGCUUUACCCGACCAAUCACAAGCUUUCGCACUUGUGGGUGCUAGUGGUUCGAAGUCCUGUGAGUCUCAAAGAAAAUGUGGCGUGUCCAGGUGCUGAGCCAUCCCCUGCGCUGCUGGUGGCCAGCUGCUCCCGGAGGAGGGUCCGCAAAUGCAGCAAAGAGGGCAAAGAGGCGGGGACCAAGCCAGAGGAUGCAGCACCCAGGAUCAAGGGAAAACCGGGUCGCAAGCCCAAAGCCAAACCAGAGGGUUCAGUGAACUCAGGUGGUCAGGAGAAAGUAGAUCCUCCGCCUUGCUCCACCCAGCUCACUGACAGACCCCAAGCUCCUGUGAAGUCUCCCCAGGACAGGGCCUCCUCUGUCCAGAAAACUCACAAGGAGAAGCACCGGCCCGCAUCUCGGCCAGCAAUGGGAGCCCAGAUUAAAACGGUCCGCAAAAGCUCCACCACGUCCCCCACAAGCUGUCCGGCGCUUCCCAGCCCGUUAUCCAGGAAGAGCAGCUCAGCGCAGCCUCCCAUUUGUAAAUCGGCCCGCGCUCUCCCCCCGUCCCUCUACCCCUCAACCUAUGGGAAGGUUCUGACCGUGGAUCUGUACAGCGAGCCCAACCUCAGCUCGUACAACAGUCAGCUCCGAGAGAGAGAGGCCAACGCCUCGGUCAGUCCCAGCACCAGCAGGCCCGUGUCCAGGCCCAGCACCAUCACUGCAUCGUCCUCUGCGCCUAAGCCCAGCGCUGCGUCCACGCCCAGACCCUCCUCGGCUUUAUCUCCCAAGACCAAGCACGGGUCAGAGCACCACGGCGGGUCCAGACCCAGCCACAGCUCUGGGCUCCUGCCCAGCCCCAUCUCCAGGAUGUCAACGGGCAAACCCAGCUCUUCUCUGACUCCGAGGCCCAUCUCGUCGCUGUCGGCUGCUUCUGCUCCCAAGCCCAAACUGAAGAUGCCGUCAGACCAGCUGUCCUCCAGGAUCCUCUCCAGACCCAAAUCCAGCUGUGGACCAAGUGAAGUGAGGCGCAAGUCUCUCCCCACAGAGCCCCUCGUCAAGCUCGACCACGAGGGCGUCACCUCCCCAAAGACCAAGAAGACCAAAGCUCUGAUGCUGCUUGAGGGCCGGGGCGAGAGGCGAGACCACACCCCCAUCGCCACGACCACAGCCAAUCAGAAGCCGCUGAAGGUUAAAGCAAGAGCUCCAGACAGAGAGACCAGCCUGCCUGAAAAGGAGCCCGCAUACAAAGCACCGCCUCCAGGCAAGGACAAGGGGGACAGCCGUGGAAGCAGCAUCAGAGGGCAGGAGAAGGGCACGAGGAAUGAGAAGACUAAAAAAGAGGAGAGAAAGGGGGCGGAGAAGAGAGAGGAGAGAAAGAUGAAAGAGGAAUCUCAGAGCAGCAGUAGCUCAGAUUCAGAGGAAGAAGGGCAGAAAGGGAAGAUCAAGAAGAAAAAAUGCACCUCAAGCUGCUCCUCCUCCUCCUCUUCAUCCUGCUCUGGGUCAUCUUCAUCCUCGUCGUCCUCUUCAUCCUCGUCUUCAUCCACUGACGACUCCUCCUGCAGCUCAGACGAAGAGAGGACUCCAACGCCUCCGCUGGGCCCCCUCCAAAAGCCUGUGGCUGAAGACAAACCUAAACAGGAGCUGAAAGAGGAGGAAGUGGGGGUGAAGAAGGAGGUGGAAGUAAAAGUGGAGGAAGAAGAAUUGUCUCCCCAUUUGGAGUGUCCAACCUCUCCAGCUCCAGCUGCCCCUUCUCCAAGUAAGCCUGCCAAACCAGCCACCGGAAAGGGCUCCGGCCAGAGAGGUCGUCCUCCCAAACCGAAGCCCAGCGGGGGAGAGGGGAAGGCGGGGAGACCUAAGCGGAGAGAGGGGGUCCACCUUCCCACAACCAAGGAGCUAGCAAAACGCCAGAGGCUUCCCAGUGUGGAAAACAGACCCAAGAUUUCUGCUUUCCUUCCAGCCAGACAGCUCUGGAAGUGGUUUGGGAAACCCACUCAGAGACGUGGUAUGAAGGGUAAGGCCAAGAAGCUCUUCUACAAGGCCAUCGUGAGGGGCAGAGAGAUGAUCCGCAUCGGGGACUGCGCCGUAUUUCUGAGCGCCGGCCGGCCCAACCUGCCCUUUAUCGGCCGCAUCCAGAGCAUGUGGGAGUCUUGGGGCAGCAACAUGGUGGUUCGGGUCAACUGGUUCUACCACCCAGAAGAGACAAACCCUGGCAAGAAACUUGCCGACAAGAAGAACUGGGAUCAGAUGUGCGGCCAGUCUUUACCAGCAGCUCUUCACUCUUCCAUCCAGAGGAAAGACUUCAUGGAGCGCGCCCUGUACCAGUCCUCCCACAGCGACGAGAACGACGUGCAGACCAUCAGCCACAAGUGUCUGGUGGUGAGCGUGGACGAGUACGAGCAGAUGACCCACACCCGCCGCUACGCCGACAGCGAGGACCUCUACUACCUGGCCGGGACCUACGAGCCCACCACCGGCAUGAUCUUCAACACGGACGGCGUUCCGGUCAUCUGCUGAAGCUGAACGCAGAAACGCACUCGACAGGCUCAACCUGCGGUCUAAUCACUGAUUUUUAAAAACAAAUUAUUUUAUUUUUUUACUCACGUUGGAUCUUUUUAACACCUGCAAUUUGAACAGACAUGCUGAUGGACCUAACUGAAAGGAGACUGUUCCGAGGAGGGGCUGGAGACACUACAGACAGUAUUAAACGGAACCAGCCUCCCGAAGCAUUUGCACACACAAACUUCACCAACACACACUCUUGUUUCGCUUGUUGUGUUUAUGGGAAAUUUUUCGAACAAGUAAGAACUGUUAUGGUUUACCCCCUUUUUUAAAAAUGUAAAUACAAUCACAUACAUAAACACACAUUCAGUAUGUAUGCUCACACGUGCACAAAAACAAUGUAAAUACUCGCCCGGUAUAACGCGCGCGCACAGGUAUCUAAAGGAAAAUAUGAGUGUUUUUAUUUUCAUGUUAUAGAUUUUACGUCCGAGUAAUUUUUUACUUUUCCGAAGAGGUAAACAGUCAAGAAGCUUUAAUGUACUGUGAAUGGUGACGCAGGAGAUAGAGGCCUGUGUCGGUCCCUCUGUCCGUCCGUUAGCGGCGGGUAACGGACGCGGACACGCGCAGUUGGUGUGACGUUGUAAUUAUGAUGUUGCCAUGGUGAUAUUAGAGUCAUGUUACGUUAGUAUAAAUGUUUGUACAGAACAGCACGAGCGACAGACGCGGGGAAAGAGACGCACAGAAAGAGAUUCUUGACUAAUCGCUAUCCAACAGAAAGCACUUAACAAAACAAGAAACACUUCAAAUGUAUCUUCUCGUUAUUUAACCCCUUUUACUCCCAUGACAAUCCUCACUCGGGCUAAGGCUCGUUAGCUCACGCGUAGCUAGCUAAUUCGCGGCUAGCUGGUGUUUGCUAAAAAAAUAUAUAUAUAUAUAUAUAUAUAUAAACACAUAUAUGCGUGACUCCCUCAAAGACUCAGGCAAAAAUAAUAAAUAAAAGAUAAAUUAAUCUUGUAUUGUCGAAAACAUCCAGUAGUAUUUGAGUUCCUUAUUCUAAAGGAAGAACACACAAAUCAAACCAGCUGCAGUGAUUCUGGCUUUUAACAGAUUGGAGACUUUUCUUCACAGCUGCAUGAUGUGGUGCCUUUUGGCAAAAUCUUUGGAAAUCUUUUUUUUUUCAUAUUUUGAAUUUAUAGAGAUCAUAUGAGUCCCAGUGGGUGGAAAUUCCUUUAUUCUUUUUCUUUCUGGGCUGUAAACGCUGCAGUCAAUCUCAGACACACCAAGGUCAUGGCUGACAGUCACCGUGGAGCUGUCAGCGCUGACCCCAUCAACAUAACUCACUUUUAACACUCACCUCCCACACUUUUGGCUCGAACCGCUUCUUUUGUUCACAGCGUUUGCAGCCUUGAAAUGACUUGCAUUUGGUUAUGCUUUGGGUUUCAGUUUGCUACUGCAUCUUUGAGGAAGUUCAUCUCUACCCACCCCCCCAUUGAUUUGAGAACACUUGUCUGGUGAUAUGUCUUCCCAGAAUAUCUUUUAGAUUUCUUCCCCCACACUUCACCCACAGCAAGCACACCAAGCCGCAUCCCGUCGAACACAUUUCUCCCUGUGUUUUUUUUUCAAUCUGCUUGUUUAGUUGUCUUGUUUGUUUUGUUUGUUUAGAGUGAGACUGUUGAAUGUCCCGCUCAGGUUUGUGAGCGUUUUGGGCAGCCUUACUCUCACAGGCCUUAUGAUGAUGAUCAUUUGCCAAACCUCUUCUAUUUGCACCCCCCUUAAUCCCCUGUGUCUUCAGAUGCAGUGAAAGAAUCAAACAUUCUCCCGUCUUCACCAUUAAUCCCGAUAUUAAUGUGUAUAUGCUCACUAUCAGAUGUAUCAGUAUCUAUAUACAGGGUAUAAUGCGUGCAUGUAUACAGCAUAUGGUACACUGUGUAUACAUGAUAUAUAUAUAUAUCUGACUAUUAACCAUGCUGCCCUCUCUUUGCUUUGCUCUGCCUUGCUGCAGAGAUUGAAGAUUGUCUUGUUGAUAUUCAAUAGGUUUAAUAUUUUCUACUCUCUUGAGUCCUUAUUGGUUUCGUCUACAUUUGUCUCGAUGGUUUUGUUUUCUUUUUGGUUUUAGAGAACGAUCAAAGACGUUAAGGCGGCGUUUUCUCGUCAAAUGACGGGAUGUCUGUCCAUAUAGUUGCAUUUCAAUGCUCAUUUACGGAUCACUUACAAAUAAUAGCCAUCCAGAAAAGAUAAAUUAGAUCAUAUGCUGCUAAUCUAUUAGUAUUUAAAGUGGUUUAACCAGGUACAGAGUGAUUAUGUGAUGACUAAAAUGUUACCCACUAAAGCCCCACAUUUCCCAUAUAUGCUGCUCCUACCCCCCCCCCGCCCCACCCCCCAAGUUCAGGCGUUUUUGAGUGACAGGAGGCUAAAAUGGACCCUCGCUCAGCAUCUGAGCGUGGUGGACACACAGGUCGGCGGCGUUUGCAGAGUGAACAAGUUAAAGUGCCCGUUAUGAACGUUUGUUUACCCCCGGAGCUGCUAAAGCACUUUUCUGAGUGUAUGCAUAUGUGUGUGUGUGUGUGUGU